AUGUCAUCGGCUAUGCAACAAAUUUCCAUGCGCGCCGCCGUUCGCUCGUCCACGGUUCGCUCUGCGAAAAAACAACAACAAUCGCAAAGAAUUCGCACCGUCACUCGUGCGGGUGAUGGCGAAUACGGCGCCUCUGGCACGUCUUUUUACACGACGACGGAGAAACAAGACUCGUACCCAUCUUUGGAGAACAUCUUGGACAAGCACUGCGCGGACGCGACUUUGAAAGCGUGCAUCAAGGAGCUCUUGGACGGCUGCGCGGACAUCACAGAAGCGUUGAGAUCGGCUUUGGUGACGGUCGAAGGCACGGACAACUCCUUUGGCGACAAACAGUUGUCCGUCGACGUCAUCGCGGAUAACAUAAUGUGGGAUUUGGUCAAAUCUUCCCCGACGAUUGCCUUCGGCGCUUCCGAGGAAGAACCGGUGAUGGUCAAGUGCAGUGGUUCUGAUUACACCGUGUGUUGGGAUCCGUUAGAUGGUUCGAGUAUCGUCGACAACAACUGGGCGGUUGGUACCAUCGUCGGCGUGUGGCCGAAGAACACCGGCACCGGCGACGACGGCAUGUUGGGCGCGACUGGCAGAGACCAAGUGUGCUCCAUGGUCGCGUUGUACGGCCCGAGAACGACGGUUAUCGUCACUUUGGACGAUGGAGUCUACGAAUUCUCCUACGGGUGCACGCCGGAAGGCUGCCAAUUGCCGGACGGUUCCUUCGAACCGUGGAUUUGCUCCAGAAUGAACAUCAAAAUCAACGAAGACUCGAAGAUCUUUGCGCCGGCGAACAUGAGAGCCGCCCAAGACACUCCGGGCUACAAGGCUUUGUUGGAUUACUACAUGGAUAACAGAUACACUUUGCGUUACUCUGGCGGUUUGGUGCCGGAUGUGUACCAGCAGUUCACGAAGAACAUGGGCGUCUUCACGAACCCGACUUCCAAGACUUCCCCGGCGAAGUUGCGUUUGGCGUUUGAAGCCGCGCCGUUUGGUGCCUUGGUCGAAUUGGCUGGCGGUAAGACUUCCGAUGGGGUUACUGGCGGCAGUAUCCUGGACGUUCAAAUCAACGAAGUCGAUCAAAGAACGGCGUUGGCGAUUGGUUCCGCGAACGAAGUCGCCCGAUUCAACGAGUUGGUCGUGAAGAAGUAA